AUGGAUUCCGUUGGUGGAUUUCGUCGAGAGGAAAUAGAUGGUAAACAAUUUCUGGUAUACCAUCUAAUGCCACAAACACAAAACCUAAGUUUCUCAAGUGAAACAACUAGCCAUGAUCAGCCUCUUCAACCUCUUUUCUUAUGCCCUCAUGCACGACAGACAAACGACUAUCUUAGACAGAAUUCAAACCAUUUUCCGCUCAAUUCUUCCCCCAAGUACAACAUCUCUGCACCAAGAUUUGGUCAUCAUCCUGUACUUCCUUUGUAUUGGUGCAACAAUAAAGAUUUCGAUAGCGAUGGUGGGUGUGAAGCAUGCAAUGUCUCAAAUUUUGGUACAAACUAUUAUUUCUGUGAAUACCAUCAAGUCAAAUUCCACAAAGAAUGCGUCGAGUCUUCACUUAAAAUCAAACAUCCUUAUCAUCCCGAACAUUUUCUACAACUUUAUUGUGAUCGUCGUGACAGAAAAAAUAAUGAGUAUUUAUGUUGUGGAGAAACAACGAGAUAUUUGGUAUAUUAUUGUACCAUUUGUCAGGUUUGCAUACAUCCGAUCUGCACGAUAAAACCAAUACCCUUUGUUAUAGACCAACCAAAAAGGCAUGACCAUUCCCUAACCUUUUUCCCUAGACAUACCUCCUUAGUUUGCAAUGUUUGUGGAUUGUUGAGAAAAAGUUCUCCUACAUACGUGUGUCUCAUAUGCAACUUUGUAGCUCAUAAAGAUUGUAUGUAUUCCCCACACAUUAUCAAGAUAUCACGUCACCACCAUCGUAUCUCCUACAUUUCUUCUCUUCAAUCAAGAGAGUGGUCUUGUGGAGUUUGUCGCCAAAGGGUUAACUGCGAUUAUGGUGCAUAUACUUGUGACAAAUGUAGUGACUAUGUUGUUCAUUCAAGAUGUGCUCUUGGAAAAAAUGUGUGGGAUGGAAAAGAACUCGAAGGUGUACCAGAAGAAGAUGAUAUAACACAAGAUGCUAAGCCAUUCGAUAUUAUAUCUGAAGGAGUAAUACUUUAUUUUCUUCAUGAACAUCAUCUCCGGUUCGAGGUCAACAUACUUUACGAUGAAAACAAGCUUUGUCAAGCGUGUGUCCUUCCAAUCUAUGAAGAUCCAAUAAAUAAACCCAUAUGUGAGGUAUGCAAAAUAGAAUGUCAGAAACAAAUAAACUGCAUCAAAUGCAAUUUUAUUGUAUGUUUCAAGUGCGCAACUUUACCAUAUAAAGCAAGGUAUAAGCAUGACAAACACUUUCUCACAGUUUUAUUUGGUAAAGAAAUAAAUGAGAAUGAUUGUUGCGAGAUAUGUGAAUGCGAUUUAAACGAUACAGUUAGAACAAUAUUCUAUUGGUGUAAGGAGUGUUGCACCAUUUUUCAUAUUAAUUGUUUAUUUGGUGAAUUUCCAUAUAUGAAGCCUGGUCAAUCUUACAGACAAAGUGGGAAGGAGUUCCAGAUUCUUGGCAAAAGCAAGAUUUCUCGACCAAUUUGCGAUUAUUGCAAAAACCGUUGUCAAGACAAACUGGAAGCAAUGGGAUCUGAGAGAGCAUUGGUGUUGGAAGUGUUCUUCGCAUGUAACAAGAACGAAGAGUUGGCUGCGACUAUCUUCUUGAUCACAUGCAUGAGUUUGAGGAAUAGCUACUUCAGUAAAGUUACCUUCAAAUUUCAAAAUCCCACAGCCAUCAUGAUUGCAAGGACAGCUGUUGCACAGGAUGACAUAAGUGGUGAUGGUACUACUUCCACUGUCAUCUUCAUUGGUGAGCUCAUAUUCUGCGGAGUCGGUGAAGAAGAAGACUGA